AUUGAUUUGCUUCGCUGCACGGAUUCACGGUCAAAAUGGCUCCCAUCGGGGGUGGUAGUUGCUGCUCAUUUUCCACACCACUGAUCCUGGGAUCGCUGGAGUCCACGAAUACGACUACGAAAACAACGACGACUCAAGAGAGAGACGUAGUCGGCCGUCGUCGCCAUCAUCAUCAUUCCGGUUCGGUGCAUUUCUGCUGUGAGGAACAGCUCGGCUCGGCUCGAUUGAGCGGAAACAUUAGCAGCACCACUGGAAGUCCUGUGGCCGAACGGAAGAACAAUGACUACAACAAUAGCAGCAGCACCAUCGUCUGCUCAAGCAGCAUCAGCGCCGACAGUGGCUGUGGUUUUACGAAAUUCUUCGAAGCCUUCGUUUCCGCCGGGGGCUGUUGAUCUUAGCACCGGCAGUUCCGUAACUAUCGAGGGAGUCGUUCGGUCCAAGUUACAACGGGAAAUAUUGGCCGUCGCCAGUGAAAACAGUCCGAACAACCGAACCAGCUCUCCGAAACUGAAAACUUUAUCCAACGAUUUGAGUGAGAUACUGGUCAAGAAUCUGAGCUUGAAGCGGGGAGAAAAUUGUACCGAAGAAAGCCCAACAAACUCAAAUCCAAACCACACGAACCCUACUUCAACGAAUCCCACGGCUGUGGUGGCUCAGCGUGAAAUUGUUGUUGUUGGUGAAAGUGAUAACUUGAAUCUGAUCCAGAGAAAGUCUAGCAUCAACAACAAUAACAACCGCAACUCGCUCUGUGAUACCUUCAGCUCGGUGAACAAGCUGAUUAAGCUGAAGCGGGUUUCGAGUGAUAGCAGCAGCAUUAGUGGUAGUAGUUAUGCAAAAGUGAUCGGUAGCAGCGAGCAGCAGCUUCAUAGCAUAAAUCCACCUCCACAGGCGAAAUUCAAGCGGGUGGAAAUCAGUGUGCAAAAGUUGCCCGCCGAAGAAAGUGGGGCUGGGGCUCGGGCUCGGAGAAAUAUCAUAGUUAAUCAAAUCGAUGAGCUAGUUCCCUUCUAUUCGGAUGAAGAAGAAAGCAGUGAAAGUAUUCCGCUGCUUAUCGCGAAAAAGUCCAAAGUGCAAAGUGUAACAACAGCAGUUGGGGAUAAUUCUCUCAGCAGCAGUGAUACCAAUAGUGUUCGCCGAAGGAUUCAUUCGGUGGCGACCGUUAAAAAUAGGCUGGAGAGGGCUGAAGAAGAGAAACGAAAGCGGAGAAGUUUGCAGUGGCCUCUGGGUUUGGGUAGUGGGGCAGGUGAUUGGGCACUCGAUUGGGGGGAUUUCAAACGGCCAGGGGGGCGUCCGGCAUCGUCGACAAUUUUGGAAGAAACGACGGUGGACGGCGACUUCGACGAAGAACACGCUGGAGAGGAACGAAACCUCCGGAAGAGUCAGUUUCGCCACUCGUGGAACGCACCCGGAUACGAUCUGCUGCCGCUGGACGGCGAAAGGGAACCGAAUUCGAAAAAGGACUUUGCGUCGCUUGUGCACAACCUGGCUGGUCUAAAGAGCGCCCUCGCCAAUGGGGGGACCCACGAAUCCGCCUCGCUGCUGGAGUCGCCGCAGUUCAGCAUGCCAAGGGCUGCGGUGGUGUCCGGCGCUGGAGCUGGUGCAGGUGGCGGAGGAGGAGGAGGAGGAGGUGGAGCAGGCGGUCAGGGUGGACGUCGGGGUACCAUCGGUCGAGUGUCUUCCUCACCGGUAGUACCGGCAAGCGAUGGAAGUAAUCCGGUGUCUCUGGGGGGUCCGGUACCUCGGAAGCGACGUCUGGAAGCCUUUCUUAAAAGUCUAGUCGGCAGGAGGCCUUCAAAGGAACCACCUGCGCCUGUCCCUCAUCCUGCUCCUCAUCAGAAUGCAAACAUGCCGAUAGUUCCGCCGCUGCUACCUUCACCGGAAAUCAAGAUCAGCAAGAGUCCUUCCGAGCAUAACCUGGUCGAGAUGACCCGAAGUCGACUGAAUAUAUCCACCACUUCGCUCAGCUCGGUACACCAGAAGCUGUGGUCGGUAGUUCCUCUGCUGAAGAAAGAUGUGAGCUGUAACAGCUUGGCACCACCUAAGUCAGUUCCGCUGCUGGAACCGCAACCCUCGAGGGGUAUGCGAAAAUGCGAAACGGUCCUAGCGCUAACGAAUACCACCCAGUCAGUGGAACCCAUCAAGGCACAGAAUCGGCUACGGAAUUGUGCAUCGGUGGCCACCUGUUCCCGAUGUUCUAGUCUUCUAUCACUCGCCGCGGCAGGAUCGCGAUAUUCGUUGAACCUAUCGAGUGGCGGAUUCGUAGCGGUCGGUAGCGAAAGUAAUGCUGCUUCCGGACAACCACCGCCAGGUGGAGGAAGUAAUCAGUGCAAACGGGUCGGUAAUCUAUUGCGGUUAACCAAAACCUCUUCCGGAACGUCGUCUUCGUACUCCUCGCCCAGUGAUUCCUCGUCGUCCCCAUCGGCGUCCUCGAAUGGUUCCUGUUCGUCGUCGUCGUCAUCAUCGGAAAGUAACAACAGUAGUAGGGCCUCGGUCACAUCGAAGGCGGCCAUGCUCGCUGGGCCCGAGAGCCCUACAAAUGUUGUUGAUGGCCCUCGGCUGUCGCUACCGAUAGCUGCGGCGCUCAACGACAUCCAACUUAAGUUCACCUGCAAACUAUGCCUGGGAGAGCUGGGCACCGACAAUCUCACUCGGAUAUCGCAGUGCGGAUGUUCUUUUUGCACCGAGUGCAUGACGGCGUACGUCGAGUUCGAGAUCUCCGAGGGGGCGUAUGAGGUGUCCUGUCCGGAUGCGAUGUGCCCGGCCCAGGGCAUCAUCUCCAUCACCGAAAUUACGGCCCUGGCGUCGGCCUCCCUGGUGGAGAAACACCACCGCUACCGACUGAACCGAGAGGUGGAGUUGGAUAAAUUCCGAACCUGGUGUCCGAAGGCCGGCUGUGAAACGAUCUGUAUGGUUGGCCAGAACCAGCAAUCACAACAGCAACUCUCGAACAGUCCUAGCACCCAGAACAACAACAACACCGCGUCUUCCGAUAGAAUAGUGCCACUACAGUCAUCCUCAUCCUCGAACCUGCCGUCUCCGUGUGCCGUUCACUGUCCCACAUGCCGGGAAGAUUUCUGUUCCGGCUGCAAAAAGACGUGGCACCCGACGAUGUCCUGCGAGGAGAAUACCCGACGGUUGGCCGCAGACGGUCAAACCGACGGGCACGGAAUUCCGUUCGACAAUGAUCUCAUCAAGUGCUGUCCGAUGUGUGCUGUCCCGAUCGAAAAGGACGAAGGCUGUGCGCAGAUGAUGUGCAAGCGCUGUAAGCACGUCUUCUGCUGGUACUGUUUGGCUAGUCUGGAUGACGAUUUCCUGUUGCGCCACUACGACAAGGGCCCCUGCAAGAACAAGCUGGGUCACUCGAGGGCUUCAGUCGUGUGGCAUCGGGCUCAGGUGAUUGGAAUCUUUGCCGGGUUUGGAAUUUUGCUACUGGUUGCAUCCCCUCUGCUACUCCUAGCAGCACCCUGUAUCGUGUGCUGCAAGUGCCGCAUCUGCAGCGGCGCCGCCAAACUCGAAGAAACGGAAGCCAUGGACUACGACGACGCGGCCGUUGCCCUGCAGAGUCACCGAUAGGGCCUCACCCCUUGAGAGAGGAAAUAGAAAUGUAACUGGUGGCAUUUCUUUUCGAUUUGAUCUGUCUAGAAAAAGAUUUUGUG